GGAGCGAGAACAAUGGAGACCGGAGUCAAAAGGGCGCCGCUUUUGGACCACGCAGUUCGAGUACCGGAGGAGAAGGAGGUCGUCGGAUGGGUGGAGAGGAGCUGGAUCGAAUCGAAGAAGCUGUGGCGGAUUGUCGGGCCGGCCAUCUUCGGCAGAGUCGUCAUUUACAGCAUGAACGUCAUCUCACAGGCCUUCGCCGGCCACCUGGGUGACCUUGAGCUCGCUUCCAUGUCCAUCGCCAACGCCGUCAUCGUCGGCUUCAGCUUCGGCUUGAUGUUGGGCAUGGCGAGCGCCCUGGAGACGCUCUGCGGCCAGGCCUACGGUGCGAAGAAGUACCACAUGCUCGGCGUCUACAUGCAGCGCUCCUGGAUCGUGCUCUUCCUCUGCGCCGUCCUCCUCCUUCCCAUAUACUUAUUCGCCACCCCGCUGCUGCUCCUCCUCGGGCAGCCGCCGGACCUGGCGAAGCAGGCCGGCGCGAUAUCCAUCUGGUCCAUCCCCCUCCACUUCUGCUUCGCCUUCUACUUUCCGAUCGUCCGCUUCCUCCAGAGCCAGCUCAAGAACAACGUCACCGCCGUCAUUUCCUUCGUCUCCCUCCUCAUCCACCUCUUUGUCACCUGGAUCUGCGUCGUCAAGCUCCAGUUCGGCCUCUUCGGCACCGCGAUGACUCUCAACUUCUCCUGGUGGGCCGGCGCCAUCAUGCUGUUCAUCUACAUCGUCGCCGGCGGGUGCCCGGAUACGUGGAACGGCUUCUCCAUGGAGGCAUUCGUCGGCCUCUGGGACUUCCUGAAGCUCUCCUCCGGCUCCGGCAUUAUGAUGUGCUUGGAGAUUUGGUACUACAGAAUACUGAUCUUAUUAACAGGAAACCUUAGCGACGCCAAGAUUGCAGUGGACGCACUCUCCAUCUGCAUGAAUAUAAACGGAUGGGAGUUGAUGAUUCCUUUGGGAUUUUUCUCCGGAACAGGAGUGCGAGUGGCAAAUGAGCUCGGAGCAGGCAACGGCAAAGGCGCGAAAUUCUCGACCGUCGUAUCGACGGUCACCUCGUCGGUGAUCGGGCUCAUCAUCUGCGCCCUCAUCAUGUGGCUCCACGACAUCUUUGCGCUCAUCUUCACCUCGAGCCCGGUGGUGAUCCAGGCGGCGGACAAGCUCUCCUUGCUCUUGGCGUUCACCGUUCUGCUCAACAGCGUCCAGCCAGUUCUCUCCGGAGUGGCAGUUGGGGCAGGGUGGCAAGGAACGGUGGCUUUUGUCAACAUUGGCAGCUACUAUUUAAUUGGAAUUCCUCUUGGAGUCAUUAUGGGCUGGGCCUUCGAUCUUGGAGUUCAGGGUAUUUGGGGAGGAAUGAUUUGUGGCACAGCAAUUCAGACACUAAUAUUGGUUUUCCUUACCAUCAGAUGUGAUUGGGAAAAAGAGGCUCUGAGAGCAAGUUCAAGGAUGGCGGAUAUCAAUGAGUAGUUAAGUUUGAUCAUAAAUUAUUCGUAAACUCUAUUAAAAAAUGUUAACUCAUCCUUUUAAAUGGAUAAUAUUGUCUAACUAAUAUAAAUAAGUUUUUA